UUAAGAUCCGUUCUCGUGCUUGCGCUCUCUCUUCGUCUCUUCCUCUUCUAGCUUUUGUUUCGCCUUCGAAAUCGUAACUAAGAUUCUCUCUUGGAUUCCCAGAUACUUUACUCUAUUCGCAAUGGUGGACGCAAGGUGUAAUACGUGCAGCAACCCUACGCGUUUCAAUUUUUGCUGGUUCCAUACGGAAAGAAGAUUAUGUGUGAUGUCAAGAAAUGACUCAGCUGACUACGCUUGGAAUCAAGAUGGCCAUUUACAUUCACCCCUCUGCCGUUCCUGCCGUCUUCAACCGGCUGUGAUAACUUGCCGCGACGACAACUCCGUACUCUGCUACGGUUGUUUUCAACGAAACAGCAGGAACUGUGUCACAUACAACCAUCGAGUCUUGGUCAUACCUUUUUCAUCACACGUGACUUGUGUGCAGGAAUCUUCACAAGUGAAUUUUCCUCAGGCAGUUCGUUUGCCCAUGUAUAGACCUCCCCAGCCCCAGCCUGACCUGAACUUAGACUUGCACUUGCAGCUUCCUGGUCCCUCUGCUGGUCCUGGCCCCUCUGCUGGUCCUGGCCCCUCUGCUGGUCCUGGUCCCUCUGGUGGUCCUGGUACCUCUGGUGGUACAAGAAGGAGGAGUGAAGGGAUACAGAACAAGAAGAACGAACAACUGGGAGCGCUUCCUUUAUUGCCAGUUCAGGCAAUGACUCAGCAGGCAACUAGGAAUGCUAGACGUGUCUAUGUUGGUGGCCUUCCACCCACUGCAAACAAACAGGUUUUGUUACUUUUUUUUUUUUUUUUUUUUUUUUAA